AGGUCUACGUGGGAGGUUGCUUUCACUUAGAGUAAUCCCAGGCAAACUCCUCUCCCUCCUCUCCUGUCUUCUUCAAGCUGAACAGUCCCUGUCUUCUUUCUCACUCUUCCCCUAUAACGCUUUUAUAGUUCUAUUCUCCCUUUCUGUGGUGGGAUGUUCGAUGUAUGCAUUUAUACCAUGGCAUAAUAAUAAUUUGUUGUUCCGUAUGCCCCUCCCAAUAAUUCCUACACAACGUGUAGUGGCGACGGAUAUACGUGGAAUGUACCAAGGCAGAUGGGUGUGCGUAGGGAAUAGCCUUUAUUAGACCAACAGACAGAGUCUCCAUAAACAAAAAAAAGCUUUUAGGCACACAAACCCUGCUGCAGGUCUGGAGGAGAAGCAGAAACCUGCAGGGUGAAAUACGAGUUAUUCUGAGUUUACCACAAUUUUCUUGCUCAUGUGGACCACGAGAGAAAGUCUGCGUGCUCUCUGGAGAGCAGAGGGAAGGGGUUAUUAAAGGAGAAAUGUCAGUCUCUCUUGCUUUAACACUUGUUUUCUUUUCUGAGAGUACUUCUUCCAUGUAUACACAUCUCUUGUCUUGGGGCAGGGAGGUGUGGAGCGAGAAGAAAAACCUGUACCAUAAGAAAAGUAUUGUCACUGAAGCCAUAACUUUUAGUAUCCAGGAGAACAGUGAUUUAUAGUUCCAAGGUCCAUCUUCUGAAGGUGUUUUGUAGAAGGCUUUCGUGAGGAUCAGGACUGAGAGAUGUAGUGGCUGGUUUUUUGUAAGAAGUAUUCUCUCUGAUAACUCGCAAUCUGUUUGCCUCUGACUGCUGCUGAGCACUGAGCUGGUGUUUUCAGAGAACGGUGACUUUCAGAUCCCUUUUCUGAGUGGUUUAAACAAACUUACAGCCCAUUAAAGUGUACAUAUAGCCAGAGGGUUUUUUUAUGCCUGUAUGCAUCACUUGGCACGUCAACAGUGAAUUUUGGUGUUUGGACACUUUGAAUGAGGAGACCAUUCUGCAAAUUCUUCACAAUAAAGACUGGCAUGGACAAUUGUCACCCACAAACUCAAUCUUCUUAUAUUCACUCCCUUUCCCAGAUCACUUACGACUGUGUUGAACAACACAGACCCUUGGAGAAAUCCCUUGAUAUCUUGUUCCCAUUGAUGUCAGCAGGAGACAUGGCCAAACCCCUCCUGGGCCAUCGCAGCAUGGAAGGGGACCGCAGCAUUAGUCCUGCAGCAGGCCGCACCAUCGGGGUGCUGGGAAGCGGGGACUUCGCGCGGUCGUUGGCCAUCCGCCUCAUCUGCUCCGGUUUCAAGGUGGUGGUUGGGAGCCGCAACCCUAAGCGCAAAGCUGGCCUCUUCCCUUCUGCAGCAGAAGUCACCUUCCAGGCUGAGGCAGUGAAGAAGGCAGAUGUCAUUUUUGUGGCGGUAUUCAGGGAACAUUACUCCACGCUCUGUGACCUGGCUGAUGUGCUGGUUGGCAAGAUACUGGUGGAUGUUAGCAACAACACUGAAAUCAACCACCACAAGGAAUCCAACGCCGAGUACUUGGCUUCCCUGUUCCCUGCCUGCACCGUGGUCAAGGGGUUUAACGUCAUUUCUGCGUGGACGUUGCAGUCAGGUGCCAGGGAUGGAAAUAAGCAGGUUCUGAUUUGCUCUAAUAACCAAGAGGCCAAGCGCACCGUAGCAGAAAUUGCUCAAGUCAUGGGAUUCACCCCCGUGGACAUGGGCUGCAUAUCAUCGGCCUCUGAGAUUGAAAACAUUCCCCUGCGCCUCUUGCCAGCCUGGAAAAUCCCAAUUUUUUUGGCUUUGGGGCUCUUCCUUUGUUUCUUUACUUACAACUUGGUCAGACAGGUCAUCCACCCUUAUAUCAGGGAGCAGAAGAACAAGUUCUACAAGAUCCCCAUCGAGGUGGUCAACACUACCCUGCCUUGUGUGGCCUACGUCAUGCUGUCUCUUGUCUAUCUGCCUGGCGUCCUGGCAGCCUGCUCGCAGCUGUACUACGGCACCAAGUACAGGCGCUUUCCAGAUUGGCUUGACCAGUGGCUCCAGCACAGAAAGCAGAUUGGCCUCCUGAGCUUCUUCUGUGCGGCUCUGCAUGCCGUGUACAGCCUGUGUCUGCCCAUGCGCCGCUCGCACCGCUACCAGUUAAUUGAGACGGCCGUCAAGCAGGCAGUGGAGAAGAAGAUGAAUAUCUGGGUAGAGGAGGAAGUCUGGAGGAUGGAGAUUUAUAUCUCCGUUGGAAUAAUUGCCCUGGGCUUGCUGUCGUUGCUUGCCAUCACUUCGCUCCCAUCCAUCGCAAACUCUCUCAACUGGAGGGAAUUCAGUUUCGUUCAGUCCACCCUUGGAUUUAUUGCCUUGGUGAUCAGCACUCUGCACACGCUCACUUACGGAUGGUCGAGGGCCUUUGAUGAGAACCAGUACAAAUUCUACCUGCCACCAACCUACACCCUGACGUUGCUUGUCCCAUGUACUGUGAUCCUAGCAAAAGUGAUCUUCAGCUUGCCCUGCAUCCAGCAAAGACUUCUGCGAAUCAGGAAGGGCUGGGAAAAGGGGAGAUACGUGAAGUUUGUCCUGCCCAGCGCAACAGGGGAAUAUUCAAGUGGAGAGACUUCUAGCAAUGUGUAGCAAAGCCCCUAUUGCGACAGAAGAUUUCAAAGCACUAUCAACAUUUCUAUAAAAGGUGUUUUUUCCUUUCCUUAAACAUAUGUAUGUUUUAUUAUAAUUGUAUGGUGGGUAAAUAAUAAAAUCUGGUGACUUUAGAGAAUGGAUUACCAUGAAACUAGGUUAGACAGUAGUAUUUAAACUAUAUUGCUGGUUUGCUUGGACAACUAUUGCCUUAAAUAUCACCGAGAAAGCUGUGCUGGCAGCACUAUUAUACAUGGAAAACCACUGGGAUUCCAUCAGAUCAGUCACCUGAGAGGGUGGUUGGCAUCUCUGUAUCAGUUCUCUGUUGCUUCCAUAGCCACUCUCACAAAUUUCAAUGUGUGUUUUGUUUUGUUUUUCCCCUAGUAUGAAAGAACACAGAUAUUCAGGCUCUGUGUCAGGGAAGAAAUCAGCUUCUUGAGUGUCUGGGUCAACCAAAGCCGUGAGGUUUAGGAACGUGAAUUGUCUCUGGUUUUGGUCCCCUCAGUGAGCACCGCAGCCAAACAAGACCAAUACCCGUGUUACGCAGUAGCCACUGAUUUUAGCGAAAGUAUCCAGCAAGCCCGAGCAAUGCCUGCUUUUCCAGGUACACUUGCGCUCCUGUAAGCUAUCUGGUGCACGUUUAUAAGCUGAGGAAACAAAUCACCUUUUCCAGCAAAGUAACAGCAUUUGAAGAGGGAUGUCCCUAGCAUUCAUGCCUCUCCUCCGCACUGCUGUCACUGGGAUGACACCUACUGCUACCAUAUGUUCUGUUUUAUUAAACCAAAGUUUCAGGCAGUAUUUGAUGAAAAUAGAGUGAAGAUAAUUAACCAAAAGACUUGCUGCUUCAGGAAAUCACAUGGAGAAAACCAAGGCCUUUUGGCAGGCCUUCUGUCAAAUAACAGGGUUUCAAAAAUUUCAAAACCCUUUUUGAAAACAUAGUCACUUGAACAUUUCCAUUUAUGCAGACAAAACAGCAGCUCUGAAACCAUCAGUUUCAGUAGCAGUGAAGAGAUUUUCGAACUAUCUUGUAAAGGGAUUAAUGAGUUUUGACCACAAAGAAAAUACAGCAAAUAUACAUUUUGGGCAUAGUCCUUCAUUGCCUUGCACCUUAUGAAGUCACUUACUAGUGCACAGCAGGUAUCACAUGCUCUUCUUCCAACUUUACACUCACUUUGGAUGAGGUACAGGGCAAUGAAGAAUUUUAUGCUAAUUUUAUUUUCUUCCUGUCUCUUCUCACUCCUUCAAGCUCUUGUUCUUUAUCAGAAGAAUUCUUUAGGUUUUAGUCCAGAUCCUCUGGAUGGAGAAUAGACAGCCAUUCUUCACGAAAGCGCAUUUAAAAUGCAGGCAAUCAAGAUGACACAAGAAGACUGCCUCAGAAGGUCAGAUGUAAGGACAUGGUUGAAAUAGCUUGAUUUUCCUACAGUUAAGUAAAAGACACCACUCAAUGUUGAGCAUCGCUUUGAAAAAUGACCACUGUCAGUAUCAAAUAAGGUAUGCUCUGUGGGCAAGAAAAUAUCUGUUAUUAGACAGGCUAAUGUAAGUGGGGAAAACAGAUCAAUUUAGGGGCACAUCAGCCCUUCUACAAGUCAGUAUUGCCUCUGUAACCUGGAUGAUUUUCUGGAUCAUCCAGAAAAAAAUCAUUUUCUGGAUGAUUUCUACACGGACAGAAGAUUUUAAGAAUUCCCUGUUUAGCCUCAAGUGACUGUGGAGAGUAAUAUUCUUCAACUACUGCUCCAGCUGCCAGGGAUGAUACUCAGGGAUUUCAGUUCUUGCAUAAGGCUCACACUAAAGUCUCCAAACACUGUUUCAUUUCACUGAAUAAAAGGAAAUGGGCAUGAGGGAAAUGCCGGGAUUUCACAAUCGGCAGACAAUUUUGUUGCAAAGAGGGGAAGUUACCAUUCUUUCCUGCUCUCCCUCUCAGACAGUUGGUUAUUCAGGCCCCACCACCCACCACAACCAAGUCCAGAUCAGCAACUGAUAAAAACACUCACCAAGCAGAUAGAUUAACCAGUAACAUUUGCAGCUGAACGGUAGGUUAAGCUUCUGCAUGCUGAGACAGUUUCACACGGGUAUCGUUCUACCCGCUCCAGCGUAACUCGCCCUUGACGUAAAAAUUGGCUUCAGCAAGGUUGUUCUUCCCAGUCUCUUCCAUUUCAUCAUCAAGCAAAGCCAACAUAAAAGCUGCAGUUUGCACAUUUUUUUGGCUACGAUGAAGUAUUCAAAUGUCUUUUCUUCCAAAGCUAAGCUUCUUUCCAAUUCUUUAGGUCAGGCAAGACUACUGCCUGUUGCCAGGGAGGGGGGGGGAUAAAUAAAAAAAAAAGGAGUAGGAGGCAGGGAACGAGUAUCACGCAGUUUUUGCGUGGUGUGUCUUAGUGCGGUUUUGCUGAGUUACUGCGAGGCCAGACUCGCCUUUUUGCCUAGCAGAAGCAAAAUCUGCAGCUUUGCUUUGCGUAACCUUCAUGCCCGCACACCCUUUCCCAUCCCAGGCAAAGGGACAAGGCACCCCCGAGCCACCGGAGGAGCUGGCUCCGCUGGUGCGUCGGCGAGGUGCUUUCCGGACAGACGCGAGCCCUGCGGGCAGACGAGCCGGUUCGGGAGUCACGCAGCUCCCCGACGUCUAACAAGGGCCCGCGAGGGUGUCCCGCUAACGCCUCUGCCGACGUCCCGUCCAGCUAGUCGUCAUCUCUUUAAAGACCAAAACCGACUCCUGUAAGUGCAGAACUAGAGCAGCAUUUCAAGCGGUGCCCUCUGUAGGUGUCUGCUCUAAAAACUUUUGUCAAUGGUUUGAAUAACCUAUUCCGAUUCCGGAAUACUGAAAAGUGCUUUGAGGAUUUUUUUUAAAAGAUCUUUGCCUUUUUUUUUUUCUAUACUGCAUUAUUUGAUACUGAUAGGAAUUUAGUGAGGUUAACUUAAAAUUUCCUCAUCAACUGUUUUUUUUUUAUUAUUUGGAGUUGCCAUAUAUGUGUAUAUAUAUAUACGUACACACACAUUUUAUUGCAGAAUAUACAGCUGGAAUGUAAAUUCUUUAUAUUUUUAUUUUCUGUAUUGCCUACUAUGUGCCUCUGGGAUAUGUAAGAACCAACUGAAAAGCUGUAAGAACAAGGCCAGUUUUAAUCAGUUCUAGUCACUGGCCUCUGUAGCUAUAUAAAAGUUAUUCUGAACAGGUCGAUAAAGUUACAUCAAUACUCA